AUGACUCGAAUGCGGUCGUCUCUUCUCAAGGUCUUGCUAAUUUUUCAGGCCAUCAUUCUGUGCAUGGCUCUUCCAAUCAUGAUUAAAUCGCAUGAUAACGGUGCAAACCGGAUCAAGCGUGCGUUUGACCGUUUCGAUUAUUCUGGAGUGUUCCAAUUUGGUUCUCCAAACCAGAAUGAUCAAAAAGACACCAACAAUGUGCUAGUUGUCGAACUGGAAAAACCGAUUCCAACAACAACAUCGGCUCCAAUCUCCACCACACAAGAGAUUGCCUACGUCUUGCCGACGUUUCCCUUCACCGAUGAACCGAUCCAAGAGCCAGACAGUCGCUAUAUGUACCUAUUCAAACGUAGACUCUACACAUAUGAGCCGUACAAUUUCAAUUGA